GCAAAAAGAUAUUCAAGCAGUUGUUACAAGCUGUAAAACAUUGCCACAAAAAUGGAGUGUUGCAUCGUGAUUUAAAAUGUGAAAACAUUCUUUUGGAUGAAGGAAACAACGUGAGAAUAACAGACUUUGGCUUUGCUAAAUAUUAUAACAAAUCUGAUCUUUGCAAGACAUUUUGUGGCUCAGCAGCGUACGCGGCGUAUGAGAUACUUAAAGGUAAUAUGUCUUUUUACAUUAGACUGCUUAAAUCAAAUGAACGGGUGAGUAAUGGGUAUUUUCCAGCCAAAUACCUACAAGAAUCCGAGAAUCAACGGAAAUGCUUGUCCAUGCAUUUAUUACAUCUCUUGUUUAUUAUUGCAACAGUCUUUUGUAUGGGCUGCCCAACUAAUAGCUUAACAAAUUGCAGAGAGUUUUAAACGCCUCAUUCAGCCAGGCUAGUUUGUAAUGCGCCUAGGUUUUGCCACAUCUCACUCCUUCUUUGUGGUCUGCAUUGGCUUCCUGUUAAAGUCCGGAUACAAUUUAAGAUAGUGCUUAUUACGUUCAACGCAAUUCAAGGCCUUGCUCCUAAAUAUCUAUGCGAGUUACUAACAUUUAAAUCGUCUUUAUAUAACCAUACAUCUUCAGGUAGUAUUUUACUUUUUAUGCCAGCUGUUCGAUCAAAGACUACCUUAGGUGAUAAAGCUUUUAUGGCAGCAGCGCCAACGCCCUGGAAUUCUCUUCCAAAAGAACUUCGAGCGAUUACCAAUGUGAACAGUUUUAAGGCACAUAUUAAGACUUAUCUUUUUAGAAUUGUAUAUUGGUGAUAAAUUUUAUAUUCAUUUCUUACUUGCAUGCAUAUAUAUUCUUUUUAUUUUUUAUUUUUAAAUGCAUUAUCUUUUAUUUGUCUCUUGAAAAGUAAUGCAGUUGUAAUGCGCAGCUGAUCAUUCUCAUGAAUUAUUAUUAUUAUUAUUAUUAUUAUUAUUAUUACAAACGUAGCCUCCUCGACGAAACACUUUAUUGGACACAAAUGGAUAUAUAAAGGUCUGAUAACAAAUUAGUUUUAAAGUCUAAUUCCUUUUCAUUUAAUUCUGGUUAAACUGUACGGACGUUUCCGAUAAUUUUCCUAAAAUAGUGGACAGCAUAUCUUUUAUUUGCGAAGAAGUUUUGAAGAUAUUUCGAUACGGUACACUUUAUAAAGGGUAGAAAAGUGAUGACGUCACAAAAACUAAAUUAAAGAAAAUAUUGAUCUGGAUGGGCUAACCAGAAAAAGACCAAGUUGAAAAACGUCCAUUUGCCAAAAAUCAGAAUGCUGUCAUAGUGCCAAUUAGUGGUGAAAUAUAAGGAAUGUUAUGCUCGGAUGACUCCGUAGAAAUCCUUCUAUAGACUUGAUCAAGUUAGUCAGGUUAAUCAGUGUAUUUGUGUUCGUACCCGCGCAGAGAACAGUUAUAAGGAAAUGCAUUAGAAAAAGAGAAUAUACUACCCUGUUGCAGCACGAGAGCAUUAACCACUAAAACACUACCUGUCUAUCCAUCUAUCUAAACAAGCCGUUUGCGUGCCAUUUUUUUAUGCUUUCAUUUUUCUGUGACAAUAAUUGAGCAAAUUUGAGACUGUGCUGUCCGGGAUGGCGGGGAGGUAAAAUUGGCUGUAAACGCAGGUUAAUUUCUACCCCAAUGGAGUGGGUUACCUUACCUAUCUGGGGUACCCCAACUUCAUGUAAACAGGCCCUAAGAGGGAGUAGAGUACGUUCUAUGAUGCAUAAAUCAGCACGAAAUUGAAGAGCCAACAAUCAUAAUGCCAAAGUAAUUCGUGCUCAAGAUGUACGCUUUUAAUAAUGGCUGGAACGCAUUUCCUCCUUCAUCGCACCCUACACAAUUCCGAAGAGGAUCCUAGACCCAGCCUAUACAGGAAUGCUCAGCCCGACAGGGGUACCUUUUUCAAGCGUAGGUAUUUGAAAGUGUUGGGAUUUCACUAGUUUAUGUACGAAAAAUGUAGGUUGGUAGGUUGGUCUGUAAGUUGUAAAAAGACCCCCAAANCUUCAUGUAAACAGGCCCUAAGAGGGAGUAGAGUACGUUCUAUGAUGCAUAAAUCAGCACGAAAUUGAAGAGCCAACAAUCAUAAUGCCAAAGUAAUUCGUGCUCAAGAUGUACGCUUUUAAUAAUGGCUGGAACGCAUUUCCUCCUUCAUCGCACCCUACACAAUUCCGAAGAGGAUCCUAGACCCAGUCUAUACGGGAAUGCUCAGCCCGACAGGGGUACCUUUUUCAAGCUUAGGUAUAUGAAAGUGUUGGGAUUUCACUAGUUUAUGUACGAAAAAUGUAGGUUGGUAGGUUGGUCUGUAAGUUGUAAAAAGACCCCCAAAAAGCUAACAUAAUAUAUGCAUUUUAUGGCUGCGUGAAAAUUCUGGUUUGUGAUUUAUGCGUUUACAGCAGUUAAAAGGGAUGCAUAUGUCUAAACUAGGUAUGUGAAAGGGGUACUAUUUGUGAAUAGAAGGUGGGCGAAAAGGGAUACCUUUCUUGUCAUAAAUCGUAUGUAAAAGUGUAAAAUGUCGGACCUCAGAGCGGAGCCUCCCUGUAUAAACUUUGUUGUGUAACCCCCCACGUCGGAAAUAGGCGGGAUCCGAGGGGGAUUGAGUGGUAUCCUUUUUUCCGUAGACCAAAUUUAAAUUCAAAUAUACUGGAAAUGUAUAGUUCUGUUUUCCCUUUCCUCAUUUUUAUCUGUUGCGUCUUUUUGCAAACAAUUUCUGCAAUUAAAACCAAGUUGACAGAUUUGUUGCGCGCUUUUAAAUAUCCAUCCUUUCUUCUCUCGUUUCUAACGCACUGCAGACUGAAUGAUUCAACGAACAACUUUUGCGAUGUAAGCUUUCUGAUAGUGCGAAAAUAUCAUAAAUGCAACUUUUUUUCUUGACCAAGAAACCUGUGUCUGAAAAACCUGCGUCUGAAACUCGCCCGCACUCCUUAACCCUUGGUAAUUACUAGUAUCUUAUUUUCAUUUUCAAAGGAAUACCUUACGAUGGUGAAAAAGCAGAUGUGUGGAGUAUGGGCGUGGUCCUUUAUACUAUGGUCACGGGCCGGAUGCCUUUUGAUGAUUCUGACACGAAAGUCUUACUACAGCACAUCAAAAGAGGGGUUACCUUCCAGAAAUCAAAACAACAAAUUUCAGAAGACUGCAAGGAUCUUAUACGGAGCAUGUUGAUAUUAGAUUUUCGGGCAAGAAUAACUAUUGAAGAUAUAGAGUGUCAUAGCUGGUUAACUGGCAAGCUAAGGAACUCAAACGAAUCGCCUGAUCGAAAUUGCUGUUCUACAUCGACUUGA